CUUCAUACGGGGAAUCCGCAUGGGUCGAGCGCGGAAUAGACGCUGCUGAUUGGUGAAGCGGGGUGCAGGAUUUGUCCAGUCAGAAGGCGUGUUAUUGGUGGUGUGGAGAGGAAGGCUGAACGUGUGUUGUUGCUGCCGGUAAAGUUCGGUUCGGAAUGAGCUCCAUCGGUACUGGGUAUGAUUUGUCAGCCUCCACCUUCUCUCCUGAUGGGCGAGUAUUCCAGGUUGAAUAUGCAAUGAAAGCUGUAGAAAACAGUAGCACAGCUAUUGGGAUAAGGUGUAAAGAUGGAGUAGUGUUUGGAGUAGAGAAACUGGUCCUUUCUAAACUAUAUGAACAGGGCUCCAACAAACGCAUAUUUAACAUCGAUCGUCAUGUAGGAAUGGCAGUUGCAGGUCUUCUGGCAGAUGCACGGUCCCUUACUGAUAUUGCAAGGGAAGAAGCUUCCAACUUUAGAUCUAAUUAUGGAUAUGAUAUUCCAUUGAGGCAUCUGGCAGACAGAGUGGCAAUGUAUGUCCAUGCUUACACAUUGUAUAGUGCAGUGCGGCCAUUUGGAAGCAGCUUUAUAAUGGGGUCUUAUGAUCAAGAUGAUGGAGCUCAGAUGUACAUGAUUGACCCUUCAGGAGUGUCCCACGGUUACUGGGGUUGUGCAAUUGGAAAAGCUAAAGAAGCUGCAAAAACAGAGAUUGAGAAGCUGCAGAUGAAAGACAUGACUUGCAGGGAAGUGGUUAAAGAAGUUGCAAAAAUAAUCUACAUCGUCCAUGAUGAAGUUAAGGAUAAAUCCUUCGAGUUGGAGUUAAGCUGGGUUGGAGAAAUUACAAAAGGCAGACAUGAACUUGUACCUAAAGACAUCAAAGAGGAAGCAGAAAAAUAUGCCAAAGAAUCACUUGAGGAAGAUGAUGAAUCUGAUGAAGACAACAUAUAGUUAGUUUCAUUUACAACAUACAAUACUGUUUGAACCAGCUGCAUUUUCAAAACAAACGACAGUAUCAAGUUAACUUGUUUUCUAAUGUCUGUAAAUUUGAACUUUACAAAAUGCUGUAAAAAUGGAUCUGAAGGCAACUUAAUAUGCCUAUUAUCAGUGACCAAAAUAAAAAUCUUACCUGUUAAGUUAUAUUUAAAAAUA